AUGUUCACUAAGGCUGUUGUUGCCCUUGCCCUCGUGGCUGUUGCUGCUGCUGCUCCUUCUCUGCCAGCCUAUGGCUAUGCUCCUCAGCCAACCUAUGAGGUCCCUGCCAAGUAUGACUUCAACUAUGCAGUGAAGGAUGACUACUCCGGCAACGACUUCGGUCACCAGGAGGCCCGUGAUGGCUAUGACACUCAGGGUUCCUACUACGUUCUUCUUCCUGAUGGUCGUCUGCAGAAGGUCGCUUACACUGUCAACGGCGACUCCGGCUAUGUGGCUGAGGUCAGCUACGAGGGUGAGGCCCAGUACCCCGAGUACAAGCCUGCUCCUUACCAUCCUGCACCUGCCUACAAGCCUGCUCCUUCUUACCAUCCCGCACCUGCCUACAAGCCUGCCCCUGCAUACGAACCUGCCCCUACCUAUGAGACCACUCCAGCCUACGCCUAA